GAGACAGGUCAGGUUGUCAGGGGGAGCUGGGGCAGUGAAGGCUCCUCUUUGGGGAAAGAUCCAGGGACGUUCCCUGAGCAAUCCCGGAGAAGGAAGAAUCCCAACAACUAUUUUUCCCAGGUACAGACCACCUCGAGCGUGAGAGCUGCCCAAGUGGAAAACUGUUGCUGAGCUUGCGAGCCCGGCCCGGCGCCCUGAGCGCAGUAUGCCCGCCCCGCUGCUUCUGCUGCCGCUGCUGCGCACCCUCCUCGCCCGCCUGCUGCUCCUGGCUCGCAAGCGCCUCCUGCCGCUGCUCCGGCGCCUGGGGGCCCGCCUGGGCUCUCGGGAGUCCCGCGAGGCGGUGCUCACCUGCCUGCUCUGCAUCCUCAACCUGCGCAAGAAGGCGGACGACUGAGACCUCGAGUCUCCCCUGGCGCUGCGGGGACAGCGCCGUGCACUUAGCCAGGGAGGGGGAGCGCAGCCUGCCAGCAGAGGAGAGCACCCUGCGCCUGCUCUGUCCAGCCCAGGGGAGGACAGGGAGCCCACCGAGGAGGGAGGAGAGACUGCAGCAGCCAGCCUGGGAGUGGGGGAAGGUCUCUUAACACCCCGCGGGAGACCGGCCUGCCCCCUGGGAGCAGACUCAUCACUCCUCAUCUCAGCUCUGCAGAGCUGCCCCGUUUCCAGCCUUUUCCUGGGAGGAUCAUUUUCAUCAUCUUGGUCUGAAGAUGGGAUCCAUCCCCCCCCUCACCUCCCUUCUUCUCUCCCGCUCUUCAACUCCUGUUUUCUGACAGCCCCUCUGGAAGGGGAUCCCUCCUUUUGCUCCCCCCCCUCAGGGGCCUGGGAUGGUUAUUUUGUGACUUUCGCCCUUCGGAAGGGUUGGAAGCCCCAUGGUUUGGGCCAUUUCAAAGGAGGCUAGACAGAGGCCUGGGGAGGGAUCUGGCCUUGGGCCCUGGGGGACGGACUAGACGGCACCAACUGGGGCUUCUCCAUCUCUGUUUCUGGAGGCGGAGUUCAGCUGAAAUCCUGUGUCGUUUCCUUGCCUCGAGGCUUGCAGGCUGCUGGCUGGAUCCUUUUCUGCCUCGCCUCUCCUUUGGCAGCAGUGGGUGGGGAGUUUGGGGUUGUGAUAUCCCCCACAAUCUCCUGGGGACUCCACAAGACCGAUGUUUGGGGGAGGAUGUCCGGCAGCACGGCGAGGAAAAUCCAGCCCUUCACCAUCAGCACCAAGCUCUCCCUGCCCAAGUGCACGGUGGACUUCCCUGGGGACUCCUGCCCUGAUGACACCAUGGCUGGCCUGGAUAACCGUACCCUGCGCCAGAACCUCAAUGAGUGUGUCCCCCUGUACUUGGCUCAGGCCCAGUCCAGCCCUGUGCCCCCUGGAGGUGGGUUCCAGAGCACCAGCCCAACUGAGGAGGGCAUCACCGAUGAGGACCAGCUCAACCGCAACUCGCUAGCCCGCUCCAUUAAGAAGAUCACGCUGUCUAACUGGCAUGGGGAGCCUGGCCCAGGCAAGGAAGGGGUGUCUAGGGGCCCAGUCCAUACCAGCUGUGAGAGGAAUCACAACAACAACAACAGCAGCAGACCGGGGAAGGCUCAGUUCAAGGUCUUCCUCAGAAAGGAAGUGGAUGUGGAGGAAGAAAAGCAGGAGGCCAGGAGCCCCCAUGCUGGUGAUUUCUGCUCUCCGCUGGACAAAGGCCCUCCCUUCCAUAUGGUUUCAGGAUGCCAUGCACCAGCCCCCUGGAAGGAAAGUGUCAAGAACAAGGAGCCAAGUGGAGUGGCUGGGCUGAAAACUGGCAUCCGAAGCAGUGCAGGGCAGGCAAACGUCCCUAACCAGAGCCUUCUCAUAGUCCAGUUCAACCGAGAGAUAAUGCAGGCCGAGAGCUGGGUGCGAGGGAAGCUGCGGGAUCUGAAGGAUGGCUGCAAUAUCCAGGACUGGGAACGGGUGGCACAGACCCUGCAAAGAGACAUGAGGGAUUUUGAGAACACACUGAUCAAACUGAACCAGAUGGGUGAGCAGCUCAUGGGCCGGCCCAGCCCCAGUGUGGAGAUUGCCAGGAGGCAGCUGCUGGCCCUGAAGGAGCAGUGGCAGCUGCUGAAGCAGACAGCCGGGAAUCAAAGCAAAGCGCUGGGCGGGCUGCGGAACCUGCAGGAGUUCAACAGGAGAGCGGAACAGCUGGAGGCUUGGAUCAGGCAGAAGGAAGAGAAGCCCGUGCUGACGGCCCUUCUGCAAGAGAGCAUGGACAAGAUCCAGCUCACCCGCCACAUCCUUGACUUAAAACAGGAGGAGCAGCAGUUCCAGGGCCUGCAUGAGGAGAUGAACAGCCUGGCCCAGAAGCUGGAGAAGCACGGCAAGAGUGAGAGCAGGAGCAUCUCCGCCCGGCGCAAGCACCUCAAUAAAAUGUGGCUGCGGCUCCAGGGGACCCUGAAGGAACAUCAUGAGACCCUGCAGCUGGCCCUGGAGGUAGCUGCCUUCCUCCAGCAAGCGGACACGCUCCUCAGAGCCAUCCACGCCAAGUGGAGGAACCUCUGUGGCGUGGGGAAGCAGGGAAACCCCGAGUCCAGCCGGGACCGAGACGUCAGGGAUAUUGCCAGCCAGGUCAUGAUGUUGGAUGUGACCAUGUCCCAGCUCAUCAGCCUCCAUCCCAGCCUGGCAGCACGAGUCCUGCACAAACACCGAGAUGUCAAGGAGAGCUGGGCCCAGCUUCAGCAGGUGCUGAGGAACGAGACGUCACCAUUGCUGGCCCUGGUGAGCAGUUUGCCAAUGGAAGAGACGGAUGCCCUGAGCCCCGAGCAGACAGAAGCCAGCAGCGGGGGAGUUGCGGGAAGGGAAGCCGGAGACAAGCGGAGGAGGGUCCCAUUAAGUGUGGUGCAGAAGGACUUUGCAGGGAAUGUGAUGGAGCGUGUGAGAGGCGAGGAGGGAAGCCCGAGCUUGCCAGGAGAGCAGGCCACCCCUGGCUGCCACAGCAACAGUAAGAGGAGGAGGAAACCCCCAGGACAGUCAGACGCUGUGCGGGGCCCAUCCCAGCAAGAGGCCCAGCUGCAGGACUUCUGUCAGGCUGCUAAUGCGGCCGUGUCCCGGCUGAGGGAGAACGUGGGUCUCAGCAUCCGGCUGAGCCAGAUGGAGGCCGCAGAGAGCCUGGAGGCCGCACAGACCCAGCAGGCCGCGCUGCAGCAGGAGAUCCUGGGCAACAGCUCCAGCAUCGAGGCCCUGCGCCUGGAAGGGCAGAAGCUGCUGUGUGGCAGCCAUGGAGGGAGACCUCAGGUGGAAGGCGUCCUCCAGGAGCUGGAAGGUCUGUGGGCGGAGCUGCAGAGGAUGCACCGGGAGAACGGUGCGGUGCUGAGGGAGAUUGAUAAGGUUCUGCGGUUGGUGGGAGAGCUGGAUGGGGCUGAGCACUGGCUGCAGGGGGUGGCGGGCUCACUGUCAGAGCCAGCCACCAUGAGGAGCCCAGAAGAGCUCCGCAGGGACCUACAGGAGAUCAGCUGCUUGGAGAACCAGGUCCUGUUGUGGGGCAUCAAGCUCCAAGCCCUGCGGGAGGAGAUGGGGAGAGAGCCCUCUGUGGAGCAUGUGAUGGCUGGGAAGAUUCAGAGCAAGGUGGAGAUGGUGGAGGAGAAGUUGGGGUGUGUGCGAGCAGCCCUGCAGCGGCGGGCGGAGGACCUGCGCGAUUCCCUGGUGCUGUCUGAGUUCCUGCAGAAUGUGCAGCAGGAGGAGGUGCUGAGCCAGAGGAACAGCACACUGCCAGGGACCAGCACGUUGGGCUCCCAGGAGCCUGUGCACCUCCCCUUGGCCCAGGCUGGGCAGCAGCUGAGCCGUGAGGACAUGAGCAGCCCCCUGGGUGAGUUGCAGGAGGCUGUGGAGAUGCUGAACGACGUGGUGAAGGAGCGGGAGCGAGUCAUGGAGACUGAGAAUCUGGAGCGCCUGCUGGCCAGAGUCUCCCCACACAUGGAGGCCGUUCGAUGCAGGGCGGAGGCUCUGGCCCGUGAUGUUGCUCGGGUGGAGAGUGGCUUUGCCACAGUGAAGAGCGAGCUGGACCUGCAGGGGCUGCAGGGACUGCUGAGCCAGCAGCAGGAGAUGGAGUUCAACAUGUCCGAGGCGCUGGAGGGGGAUGUGGAGUUGCUGGAGAAGGCAGUCAUCCACCUGGAAAAGCUCUGCCCAGCUCGGAUGCAUGACAUGGGCCCUGAGAUCCAGGGGACGCUGCAGGCCUGGGAGGAGCUGCGGAAGCUGGUGCUGGAGAACAAGGGCCAUGUGCAGCGGGCCAGUCGGCUGCAGCAGUUCUUUGGGGAUUACUUAGCCAUGAUCUCCUGGACAGAGGACACAAGGGCUCAGAUCUUUUCGGAGAGCGUGAGUGCUCAUGGGCUCCCGGAAACUCAGUGGGAAGAGCUGGAGAGGAAAAUUGAGGCCAAGUUCAAGGAGUUUGAGGAGCUGGCAGCCGCAGGGCAGACACUGGUGUCCGAGGAGCACUACCUGAGUGAGACGAUAAAGGAACGCCUGGAGGAGCUGCAGAGCAUGCUGGGGUGGGUGCUGGUGCGCUGGCGAGCACAGAAACACCACUGGGAUGCUGGGAACAAGAGUGAUGGCAAAAAGGGCCAAGAUGAUACCCUGGACUGUGUGCUGAGUGUGUCCCCCAGCUGCCAAGACCCAUGCGCCCAAGCAGCUGUGCCCGAAGCAGAUGGCAUCCUGGGCCCUAACACUUCUAAAGGGCCUCAGCCCACACUGUGCUCCCUCACCCCACCUCAGGGGCCCGGGACACAGCUCCAGAGGCAAGAGAGAGAAGUGGCCUCUCCUUCCGCCCCAUCUAUCCCAGAUCCCCUCCAAGGGCUGGAGCAGAGCUGGGAAGAUCCUGGUGACUCCACCCCACUGGAGGUGGAAACUCCCAAGGAGACUCUAGUUCUGGAUCCCUCAGAGACCCCAGUGCUGCUGGUGCCGCAGCCUGGGCCCAGCAGCCUGGGCGGGACAGUCAACUUGAUCCUGAGUAUUGGCAAGAAGGGGGAGAAGAAGCUGCAGCUGGCGCAGCCUGAAGCGAUGCCGGGGGAAGAGUCCCUGCACAGGGUGAGCACCUAUCUGCAUGUGAAAGAGAAAGAGGGGGAUCGAGACGCCACCCGCAGGAGCUCAACCAUGCCACGGCCAGCCAAGCGAGCGCCCACCAUAGCCCAUGCUUCCCUGGUCCCAAGCCCCGGGCCUGAGGCUGCCUUCCACACCCUGCCCAAGAUCAGCUCCAGCUCCCUCCUCAGCAGCCUGAAGAGAAAGGGUCAGGCAAAGGCAGAGGAUGCUCAGCUGUACACGCCGCAGGGCAUCAUGGGAGCAGAUCCCAGCAGGCUGCGGCCUUUGCUGGAGGAGAAGCACAAUCCAAGCAACACUUGGCCUCCCAAGUGCAGCAGUGGGAAGAAGUUGGCAGGGAGGCCUCCGAGCCCCAGGCUCGGGCAGCUGUUGGACCUUGUGAAGAACCCGCUGGGGAGGGCCAGUGAGUCAGAAUGUGGCAUUGCCAGGGUGGCAUCUGGUGGCGCCAAAGCUGAAUUCCUGAGCCAAGCCUGGGGGCCCAGCAGUUCCCAGCCAGCAGUGGCGAAGAGUGCUUGCCGGCACCUUUCCCUGGGGUCUGUAUUGAGCUUGGAGCUGCCGAAGGACCUGGGUCUCCUUGGUAACGUCCAGGACGCCAUUAAAGUAGCGCAGAAGGAGGUGCCAGGAAGGGAGGAGGUGAGGCAGGACGGUGGGGUGAUUCCGUGGGACACCAAUGGGGCAGAAGGGGAGGCGAAUGGGGCCAGCCCACAGAAGGAGACACUGAAGCAGCCUCUGGCCACAUGCCAAAGGCCCAGAGGGCCAAGGGAUGCUUUCAGGAAGGCUCCUAAAAGCGAGGGAGGCACCUGGUUUGAAGAGGUGAGCUUCAACCCAAGCUACUGCAGGCCAAAGGUGCACGGCGUUGGUGCCACCCCCUGUGGGGAGGAGCGAUGGACUCCCAGGAGCCAGGGCAGUGGCAGUGAUGAUUUCCUGGACUUCAGACUGAACCGGCUCUCCCGCAUCAGCGUGCUGCACGAGCAGAUUGGGCGCGAGUGGGACAAGCUGGCAGCCACGCUGGGCACGUCCAGCAGCGUGAAGGCUGAGAAGACAGCAGGCUUCAGACCCAGUCUCGGAGAAGCAACUACGGCGGAACUCAGGCCUUCUCCCACUAAGCACACGAGUGGUGCCGGAGGGGCCCCCAGCACAGCCAAACCAGAGCAUCCCGCAGUGAAUGGCAAGCUAAUGGAAGAUCCCCCAGAGCAUCGUCUAGAGCCUGCCCCCUUCCAGGAGGCUGCGAAGGAAAGCCUCAUGGCACGCUCUGGACGGUGUACAAACCUACCGACCCUGCUAUCUGUGUCAGAGUGCCAGCUCGGUGCCCAGCCGCGUGGCCUGGCAUCAGCAGGGUUAGACUGCCAGGGCCUGGCUCCAGACAGAAGGGCGGCCGUAUCAGGGCUGUCCAAAGGGGCAAAGCUCCCAGGCUCAGACGAGGUUUGCCACCCCGACCACGAGUUGUUUGAAGAAGAGGAGGAGGAGCUGCAGGCCAUCUGGAGGAAUGUGGAGGGACGCAACAGGCAGAGCCCCUGUGUGGACACUGAUGUCCCCCCCACAUCGGGGAACAAGGCAGACAAGGCACAGAGCCCAGAGGUUUCCAGUGGGAGACUGAUCCUAACAUCAGCAAAUAACAUGCUGGUGGCCAAGUUCACCCUUCCCACCUCCACCCAACUCCUUCAGAGCCCAGACGGGGAAAGAGGCACCAGUGAUGGGCACGGUAGUGAGGGCAGCCCACGCAGGUUCUGGGCAUCCUUCCCCUGUCAAGACGAUCCCUGUGGGGCAAACGAGGCUGCAUCCAUCAGAUCAGUGGAGGGCACCUGCCCACAGAACCGGCAGACGCAUCAGGAAGAGGACAGAGAUGUUGGCAAGACGCCCCCCAGUAAAGUGGAGUUUCAGAUGAUGGAAGGGACGCUGGAAAGGAAACACGUGUUGCAGACGGGAGGCAGAAAGGCAACCUGUCGCACCUGGAACCUGUUCCAUGCGGUGCUGAUGAGGCAGACACUGUGCUUCUACCAGGACAGGAAGGACACUCUCAAGAGCUCCGUGGUGGCCCUGCCCCUGAACCUCUCGGGAGCACAGUGCACCCAGGAAACCGAGUAUACCAAAAAGACCAACUGCUUCAGGCUACAGCUGCGGGACGGCUCUGAGUACCUCUUGAAAGCUCCAUCACAGCUGCUCAUGAACCAGUGGGUCUCCAAACUGCAGCAGAAUUCAGGUUUCCCUGAAGUGGAUUAUUUCCAGGCACUCACGCAGCCUGCCGAAGGGACCAGCUCUGCUAUGGGACCCAGCAAGAUCUCUGGGCCUGGAAGCUCCAGCUCUGCCCACCUGCUGGGACAUCAUCAGCCUGUUACAGCCAAGAACCAAGAGAUCACACUGCUGCCCAGGUCAAGUGCCAGGCUGCAGCUGCCUUAUGGGACUCGGGAGGACACACUGGAUUCAGCAGCCUCACAAGCAGGAGAUAAUCACAAAGCCGUCAGCCACACGACAGGGCACAGGCAGUGCCAGUGGUUGCCUGCUGGGUCUCCAAGAUCCCAGGAUAACAGUUACCAGGAGGAGGAGGAUGCGCUGGUGACACACAAGAGGAGGUCUCACUCGUUCACCUCAGCCACUUACCAGAAGAUCACGCCGGUGUCGGUGCCCAAGGAGCCCCUGGAGGCUGGGAGCAGCUACUCCAUCACACUGUACAUCGGGGAGCAGGCGGUGGCCAUGCCCAGGGCUCGCUGUCACUCCUUCGUGGCCAGGCCGGGGAGCCCACGGGAAGGCGCCUCCUCUCGCCACAAGAACAAAUCCGUCUUUAAGAAGUUCUUUGGGAAGAAAGAAUGAGCCUACUGGAUUGGGGGGAUGCAGGUUGCAAGGGGGCUUGAGACUGCCAUUGCUUCCUCCAUGCAGGUCUGUUAGCUCCCACUUGUGUGCCAUCCUAGCAGGACCUCUCCACCCAGCACCUGUCCACAGGGCUCCCUCCCUCCCCAGGGCUGAUGGGAGUACUGGGAGGGAGAGAGACUGCUGUGCUGGGCCGUACCAGCCCAGGGCUGCCCCUCACCCACCCACGCCUAAUGGGAGCAGCCGCCAGGGACCAGGCUGCUCUGGCAGACACAGAGCAGGAAGGGGGUGCAUUGCUGUAUCUAUCAGAGCCCACUCACUGAGCUUGCAGGGACCGGUCUUUGUGUACCAGUGGAGCUGAUGGAGCCCUGUGUUUGGGGGUGUUGGGCAGCUGAUUCCCCAGAUGCCCUGGGGCACAGGCUGUCCAGCGCAGGGAAAAGGGAUUAUUGUUGUUAUUAAAACCAA